AUGCAGCAGACACGCUUGCUCAAGCUCGCCUUGCCCCUCGUACGGACCCAUGGCUUCACCCGUGAGGCUCUGGCGCGCUCGGUUCUUCAGCUUCCAGCACCAGAAACCCAUACGGACGCUCUUCCUGACGCGGCGGUGUCAGCGCUCUUUGGUAGUGGGGACCAAGCACGGAAGACAGUCAUCGACGCAUGGCUAACAGAAGGGAUACAUCAGCUGCAGUUUGUUGACGUCAAGGCAAGCGCAAGAAGUGGUACGACGGUGAGGGAGCUGCUCCGGGCAAGGCUGGCGUAUAAUGAGCCGGUUCUGGGAUAUCUCCCUGAGGCAUUUGCCCUUAUGGCAUCUCCGGUUUCUGGUUCACCACCAUUGGAUCCGAUACCUGGGUUGAAACACGCAACAGGGAUAGCCAACCAGGUGUGCUAUAUCUCUGGAGACACUUCUUUACAGAUGGCUUGGUAUACCCGUAGAGCAUCUCUAGCAGCAAUAUACAUGGCAGCUGAGCUUCACCAACUAACUUCUCCGAAAACUGCCUACGCAUUCCUCGACUCCCUCUUCGAAUCAUCAUCUUCCCUCGAGUCAACGCUCGGCGAGGUAUCCCUGUUCUCAAACUAUAUCAUAAAGAGCUGGAAGGGGAUAAUCAAAAGUUCAGGGAUCCUCUGA